AUGGAAAUGGCGACGGAGCGGGGAUUGCUGAAGUGUUUGCUGUGCGAUACGAGUAGUCCCUCAAAAUAUCAUUUGGUUCAACACCUCUAUCAACAUCUGUCUUAUCGAAAAUAUCAGUGCACUUCUUGCCCUGAACUUUUCUAUACUGAAGAGGAACGAGAAGCUCAUUGUAACAAAAAAGGACACAUCCAUACUUAUGAGAUGAAAGUAUCACCUUACUGUGAGCUCUACGUUAAUCAACUUUUGAAAGAUGUUGAAUAUGUAGCUUUCCAUGGAUUUGACACCGUUAUCAUGCAGCGAAGCAAAGCAAAUUUGGCAUGUCAUCCGCAAAGAACAUGUGUCAUCCAAUCACGUGCGAAAAGAUCAUACCGAAUCUGACUAUGUGGAAAUUCUGAGCGAUAUGAUGAAGAAGGCCUAUCCUACAAUGACUUACAACGAUUUGCAAUGUCAGAUUGGAGGGUGUCAAAAAGAGUAUAGGGGCUUGUCUUCCAGACGAAGUCAUGUCUUACGAAUUCAUUUCAAAAAUGAGUUAUCUUGUCCGUUGAAUUGCUCAUACCGAUCGAAUGACUUCUCACUGCUGAAUUCGCACUUGAAGGAGGAUCAUGGUCUUCCUAAUGGUCAUAUGUCGAUUGACAGCCACCACGUCCGAGAGCAGUUUAACGCUGAACGAUCGAAGCAUAACUUCUUAUUGAACAGUCUGGUGUUGCGAGCAUUUCCUUGUCCUAUUCCGGAUUGCUACAAGUCAAACUUCAAGAGCCAAAGUUCCGUGGACAUUUCUCCAGGGGACCCGUCUGGGUGCAACGUGAUCUCGAACAUCCGUGAAAAAAGUAGGAAAUUCCAGGAUGCUCCUCCCAAUCCGCUACGUCUGCGCUCUCCCAGUUCUGACUCGGAUUCGUCUUCAGACAGGAAUGAAGAUUCUGAAGGCAUGAAUGAAGUAAACGAUACUCCCGCAAAAACCGCCAAAGUAUUAUCGCCUGCAAAAACGAAGGGGAAUCAGCGCGGAAUACUUCCUCAACAAAUGCCACCCACUACUAGCAGUAGUAGCAAUGAUGAACAGGCUUACGAAAACAGCUCAGCAACGGCUUCAAAGGAUAAGAAUGCCUCUGAUAAGAACGCUUCGAAACAAUCUGCUACCCAUCUACGAACUGAAACCAAGACCGUAACUAACCAAAGAAGGGUUUCUUCAUCGUCAUCUUCAUCGUCAUCAUCAACGAGCAGCUUGAGUCCUAUUAGGAGUUCUAAAAAACCUCCACCAAGUACUCUUUCAACCAGCGGCCACGGACGAGAUAAUCGAGAAGGGAAGGAGCGACCAAGGAGCAAUCAAAGUCAUGGUGCUAAUAACGGAUCAAGUAGCUCUGAUUCUGAAAGUUCUACGAGCGACGAUGAUGUAACGGUGGUGAAAACAGUAAAGAGUCCUUCAACUCGUACUUCGCUCGCAAGAACAAGUAGCAUGCCAGUUCUUGGCGAAGUCGUCUUGGAUUAUGAUGACGACAAAGAGGAUGACGACAUCGCCCAUGUAACAUCUAAAGAAGGGAAGAAGACACCUGAGAAGAAACCACUGUACAGAAGAUUGGCAAUAUCUGGUGUAUCAGUUCCUAUUGAAAAAACCCCACUGUCGUCAUUCGGAAAGGCAUUCUGCAAUAGUGAGGGACGUUCCACAGCUUACUCAACGGACGAUAGAGCACAAAUGGAAAAGGGGCGAAGAGCAGCCCGUAAGAUGUUUAAUCUGGCAGAACUUCAUCGUGCGAAGCGAAUGGCACUUAAGAAAAAACGUGGUUCCAAUAUGAAUAAUGAAGUCAGUGAGUAUGUAGAAGCAGAGACCACUAAAAAAGGCUCCAAAAAGCGGAAAAAGGCAGCAUCGCAAAACUGUUCUUCGAAGCGUUCUGCAUCCACCGACUCCAAGGAACCAAGUUACGUCGUCAAGAAGGUCAAGAGAGAAUCUUCCGUCCCGAGAGAAAACGUAUAUCACUCAACUCCGCGAAAAGGUGCUUCCAAGCGGUUCGCCUAGUAAAAAAAUAUCGAUCGAUCGUUUGA